ACAGAUCCCCCAUUUGCGCAUGCGGUGCUAGGGGAUGACAUUGACCUGUUCCAGAGGACACUGCGUGAUCAUCACCGUCGGACAAUGGAGGCGGAACUGGCCAGGGAACGAGAGAUUGAAUUGCUGGAAUCAGAUCCGUUUAAUCCUGAGGCUCAACGGAAAAUUGAAGAAGUAAUCAGACAGAAACAAAUUGAUGAGAACAUGGAAGCGGCAAUUGAGCACAAUCCAGAGGCUUUUGGACGAGUGGUUAUGCUGUAUGUGGAUGCAGAAGUCAAUCGAGUUCCACUAAAGGCGUUUGUGGACAGCGGUGCUCAGUCGACAAUUAUGUCGCUUACCUGCGCUGAAAGAUGUGGGAUAGCGAGAUUAAUGGACAAACGGUUUUCGGGAAUCGCAAAGGGCGUAGGGACAGGUCGGAUUAUGGGUCGUGUGCACGUAGCUCCUUUAAAGCUUGGUAAUAAUUACUAUCCAUGUUCGUUCACCAUUAUUGAUCAGCCUGAUGUUGAGUUCCUUUUCGGCUUAGACAUGUUGCGAAAACAUCAGUGCCAGAUUGAUUUGAAAGCUAAUGUUUUGAGAGUUGGUGGAGGUGAAGUUGAAGUUCCGUUCUUACAAGAAAAGGAUCUUCCUCCACAUAUGCGUGGAAUUGAGGUCAGCGAUGACUUACCUCAUCAGAUGGCUCCGUCGUCAUCAACUGCCUCUCCACAACGUCCUCAGUCCGCUCCAGCUCAGGGAGUAGCUAGUUCCCCUGUAAGGCACGUACCGGCAGCUGCGGCACCUCCAUCCCCGGCACGUCCUGCACCAUCUCCAUCAGGUCCUGCAUCGACCCAUUCGAGUAUGGAAGAGAAGAUCGCCAGACUAAAGGAGUUGGGUUUCGAUCAUGAUGCUGUUGUUGAAGCGCUGACGUUGUUCGCCGGCAACGAGCAAGCAGCAGCAAGCUUUUUGUUCGGUGGGUAGAGACUCGAGAGAGUCUAGAGACCCUUUUGUUUACGGGCAUGUUCCACGCAAAACGCUGAGGCAAUGGUAAGCUUGUUGUUUUCAAAUUUUGAAUUUUUGAGUAAUAUAUGAGCAGCAGCUUGAAAUGGUUUGAGUCUGAAAUCAGGGGGUGGCGCCGGGGCCGGGGUGGGAAUCGACAUCCGAGGUGACCAGAGUUUUUACUUUUUUAGCUGAGAAAUGCUCCCAUGCCCUGUUGUUAACAGGCAGUUGUCAGUUCUAACAGGAGGAAAGUUGCAGGAAACCCUUUGUUAUUAUGUUUUAGUAAUGGUCUGAUUAUGUUUUUGUUUUGUUUUUUCUUUUUUCUUUUUUUUAGUUGCUAGGGAUGCUGAUAAGAGCAGUCACCACUAGCAAGCUGGGGGAGGCUCAGUAAUGGUCUGAACAGUGGAAUUGCGGCAUCAUCAUGUUUGUGUGCUGAUGAUGUCAGGAGCAUCGACCAGUGUACUCCUAAACCACGACCUCUGGGAUGGGAGCCCUCGUCUGCAGAUAGGGAACAAAGGGAAAACUGUGCCCUUUGGGUCAUCAGUGGAACGGACCAACUGAAAAAGCGCUGGGCUCUUGCUCACCGGGCCGGUCAUCAAAGGUGGGUGGUGUGGUGGUUUGAAGUUCAAACUCUGUGGCUGUGAUUAACUUUCUGACUGUAGAUAUAGGGCGGCUCGCUCUUCACAGGGUAGGAGGGGUAUCAGUGGCUGCAGGGUCAGGUAACGGAGGGGGGUUGAUGAUCGAGAGAUUUUCGUUUGGGGGUAUGGUCACGGCAGCUUCGAAACAGGCUCGGCAAGCGUUCUGGCGCGGAGGGGGGUGAUGAACGAGAGAUUUUCGUUUGGGGGUAUGGUCACGGCAGCUUCGAAACAGGCUCGGCAAGCGUUCUGGCGCGCUGAGGUUUCGGGGCUUGCACCCGGUGCAUCUCAGAAUAAGAGACUGUGCUGUCUAGCUGUCAGUUCCCAGAUGCAUGCGAUCGAAAGUUCUUGCUGGCGGCGAGCACGCGAGAACCGAGCCUUCUAGUGGGGACAGCGAGACGGCGGUCCUCCGUGAUGUGAUUGUCGUCAACUCACAAGAGAGAGGAACUUACUGGAAGCGUCGAUUCUUGCAUUUUUCUGCCAUGGGUUCUAACCUACCUGGACAGUGCUGGAAGUUUGGAACAGGGUGAAUACACUGAAUAGACAGCAGCCAUUGAUUGUGCCAUGGUGGCGCGCCAGUCACAGGUGAGGCAGCAAAUUGCUCAUGUUAUCAGUGUUAUAGAAGUUAUAUAUUGCUCGCAAUAGUUUGAUGGGUUUGCUAACGUCAGUCGGGUACUCGUGUGGAGGAGUGGAAUACAGAUAAGCAUGGGGGAGAAGUUUGGAACGUUGCCUCUCCUCGUCAGGGCUCGGCCGUCUGUUGAUAUUAUUUCUUUUUUCUUUUUCUUUAAUUAAAAAACGAAGUGAUUUUUGUGGCAGUGCUGGGCAGUCGUGGGCUAUGCAUAGUCUUGCAGUCACUUUCUGCAACAGAGACGGUUGAGUUGUACUGUUCUUUUUUUCUUUGUUCGUUUUUGUUUAACAACUCGGCUGAGCCUACUCUGGGGAGCGAUAUGAGCAUCUCCCCCCAAGUAGGCCAUCCGGUGGUGGCCCCAUUCUAUUGGUGGGGGUCGGCACCUGCUGGAAGUCGGGUCCAGCAUCCCACACUUGAGAUGUAUCAAGGUGUAUAUUGAAGAGAAAUUGGCUUAUGCUUUCAGGAGCGUU